ACAGGAAAAGAACGAUCAAGCCGAACAAGACUGAUCCCAGUGUGAAUGCUGUCAACGUGAGUAUUGGAAGGAAACUUUCGAAAGCCAACGAAAUGUAUGAACUCCAUUUGCACGGUUUCUUAGCAACAAUCUCCACUAGAAAUCAUACAGGUGGUGAUAAGACAAUCUUGUGCCAAAUCACAACCAUGCGAGACGCUACCAUUUCUCCUCCUCGGUGAUGACUGCCUGAGAGUGUUUUCUUUUUGUAGUAAUAUGCCGAUGUGAUGUCAUAAAGAGUACUGCACAUAGAUGUCCGCGCGGAGACGUUUGAUAAAGAGAAACGAAAUGAUUAUCGACCUAACUUGCCUAUAUUAACUAACUGCUUAUUAUCGUCAGCUUAGACACAGUUUGAGGCAAGGCCUUUCCCUAGUGAGGUCCCAGGAUAACUGAAACCUCUCCUCCGGUUAAUAUGAAAAAUUAAUAAUAAAAAUGCAGGGGGGAAAUCAUUCACACUGUAGCAAUUGUCAAUGUAUAUAUUCAAUGCCUUAGGGACUUCUCGUUCUUGACUUCUCUUCGCCCGAAUUUUUUCCUUGCCCGUUUAGACUGUUCCCGCCCCUAACAACUGCACCUGGGUUCCCGAGCUACUGUUGGAAUUCGGCUCCAGACCUCGCACAUUCAGACGGUGUAUUCAAAAUGGCGGCCAAACAAAACUUUUAAUGUGAGUGCAUUUUGCGUGAAAAAAGAUUAAUUAUUUGGAUUCAAACGCAGUCUUUAGUAGUAUGGUAAAAUGAAUCGCCUGGUACUCGAGUCUUUCUCUCGAUUUUCCGGUAAAUAUUGGGCGUUCAACGUUCCUAGAGUUCCCACAAGACUGUUUCAUCAGAGUAACCAGCUUUUAACAAAUCGACGCAAUCUUGGAAAAAGAUGUAUCAAGUGCAAUUUGCGAAGACAUUUUGGUAGUUUAGCGAGGCCCUCACAGGUGGAAUUUUCAACAAAGUAUAUACAUGCUCCUUCAUUGUAUCAAAUCUUUCUGCUGUUGAAAAGACAAGAUGUAAGACAGGGUAUUAUCAGAUUCUUUUCAACAAGCCAUGUGAAACAAAACAGCCAAGGGGAUCAAAACCAGCAAGGUGACUCACAGAAUCCUGAAGAGGAACCAGAAAAUCAAGGUGGAUGGGUGACUGUUCUUCCUUGGUUGAUGCUGGCAUUGUUUUACUUCUUGGCAGCAGGGUCUGACCCCACCCCCGAAACCACAUGGUCGACAUUUUACAGAGAAAUGCUCUCUACUGGGGAGGUUGAACACUUGGAAGUACCGUCAAGCCAGGACAAAAUCUUUGUGUUUUUGCACAGAGGGGCAAUGGUGGGAGGAAAAGAGGUAAAUAAAUGUGUACAAAAAAGAAGUUCCAGAAAUGAUCUUCACGGGCUCUCUACUCAUGCCGUGGAAAGUUUUCUGUAUGGAUGCCCCUCUGGUAUAUCCAACAAGUACAAUGUGGAUGACUCCCUCCCAAACACUCCUGGAAUUUCAAUUAAAAGAAAAUACAUGUAUACCAGUUUCAUACAAUUUUUACAACUUCCUAUUCAGUGGAGAAUUAUAAAUAUUAGCGAACAAUUAUUAGUAAAUGAAUAUUUUCUGUUGGAGCCAAAAACUGUUUUGUCAAAACAAAUGUUCAAUAUUCUUCACAAUAGUUCUACAGCUCUGAAUGCUGCUGUAACCAUUGCAUUGUUGGGUUUUAUUUGGUAUUGGAUUUAUGGAAGAGGAACAAGAGGAGGGACAAAACAAGGAGGAAUACUGGGAAGCAAUCCUUUUUCUAACUAUAUCAAAGCUAAGCCAACAGUGGUCAUGCCUGGAAGCGGAAAGGGAAUCAGCUUUAAAGAUGUUGCAGGAAUGGAAGAGGCAAAACUGGAGGUUAUGGAAUUUGUGGAUUACCUCAAAUCUCCUGGAAGAUAUGCAGAACUUGGAGCAAAAAUACCAAAGGGGGCUCUUCUCGUUGGUCCUCCAGGCACAGGUAAGACUCUUCUGGCAAAAGCUGUUGCCACAGAGGCUGAUGUUCCCUUCCUUACAAUGGCUGGGUCAGAUUUUGUGGAAGUAUUUUCUGGCGUUGGUUCAGCUAGAGUCCGUGACUUGUUUACCCGUGCCAGGAAGCUUGCUCCGUGUAUUCUGUACAUUGAUGAGGUGGAUGCCAUUGGGAGAUCACGACAAUCUAAUUCAAUUGGUGGGCACAGUGAACAGGAAAGUACUUUGAAUCAGCUUCUUGUGGAAAUGGACGGCAUGAAUACUAUGGAAGGUGUUGUUAUGCUGGCUUCCACGAACAGGCAGGAUAUUUUAGAUCAGGCUCUGUUAAGACCAGGAAGAUUUGAUCGACACGUCGCCAUUGAACUUCCAACCCUGUUAGAGCGGCAAGCCAUAUUUGAAGUGCACCUGAAGAAACUCACUCUGAAUAUGCCAAUUCAGGCUUACUCCAAACGACUGGCAGAACUCACUCCAGGAAAUAGUGGUGCCGACAUCGCUAACAUUUGUAACGAGGCAGCCCUGCAUGCAGCUCGCUUGAAUAAGAAAACAGUGGAUAAGGGAAACUUUGAGUAUGCUGUGGAAAGAGUAAUAGCCGGGAUGGAGAAGAAGAGUAAUACUAUGUCACCUGAAGAACGAAAGAUAGUAGCUUAUCACGAGGCUGGUCAUGCUGUGGUCGGCUGGAUGUUAGAACACACUGAUCCUUUACUUAAGGUGUCCAUUGUUCCUCGCACUAAUGCCACGUUAGGCUACGCACAGUACCUUCCCUCGGACAAUAAACUGUACAGCACUCAACAGUUGUUUGAUAGAAUGUGCAUGGCUUUGGGAGGACGAGCCGCAGAGGCCAAGAUAUUCCGGAGAGUUACUACAGGAGCCGAAGACGAUCUUCGAAAAGUGACUGACUUGGCAUAUAAACAGGUGGUAACAUUUGGCAUGAGUCCUCGUGUUGGUAAUGUUUCCUUUCCUGUUAGGAAACCGACUGAACUGACCAAGAAGUUUUACAGUGAUAAACUCGCCAAGCUUAUGGAUGAGGAGGUUCGCAUAUUGAUUGGGAAAGCAUUUCAGACGACUGAUACAAUUAUUGAAGAAAAUUUGGACAAGCUGAAAGCUCUUGCUGAAGAACUCUUAAACAAGGAAGUUCUGAAUUACGAUGACAUUGUCACAAUCCUCGGUCCAUGCCCCUUUGGUGAUAAGAGGGUUCAUUUCAGCUCACCGGAGGCGAGCGCUCAGUCCCAGUCCCUCUUCAGUGGCUGAUGACUUUUUACUAGUUCUACACUCUCCUUACCAAACCCUUCCCUCCCUGCAAAUAGAAAUGUAACUGUGAGAAAUGGAUAAAAUGGCUGAUUAGUCCGCAUAUACAGUCCGGAUUCCUGGGGUAUUAGGGAGUGUAAACAAACUUCGGUGGUAGCGGUAACGGGAACGUCGCGAAACGGAAGCAGUUUAAUGACGAGAAAAAUGUACGUGCGUUAUAACUCGUGAUACAGUUUUUGCUGUUCUCUACAAAACAGCAACGGGGAAAGACCAAAUUCUGCGUAGACUAGAGAAAGUGAACUACAAUGCCCAAUUUUCAAAAUUGCUCUUUCGAAUUUUAACGCUGUCUUGUAUAUUUAGUUGUGGGAUAACUCUGACAGUGAUCCAAAUUCUUCCGAAAUUUGUAAAUUAAAUGUGAAUUUAUUUCUUGAUAGACGUUGUCCUUGGCGUUGCCGUCGUGGUUGUUUAAACUCCCUUGGAAAAUGAAGGAACAUUUGAGAAAAAGUCUAUCAUUUUUUCAGCAAUAAUUUGCCCGUGUUAAAACGCAGAACUAAUCAGCAGAAUGUCUAGAAUCAAAUCAGUUCAGCUUAUGUAUCUUGUCCUGUUGUAUAUAAAAUAUUUGUGUAAAUAAAAUUGUUCACUAACCCUUUGAGUUGUUGGCAUGACGGUAUAGCCUGCGGCUUCAGUCACUCCGUGCAUUCACUCACUCUUCACUGUCCAGUGGAGAUUAACCCGUAACGUCUCUCUUCAAACAACUUCAAGUUUGACUUUAACCCAACUGAAUUCUGAAUUCUGGAAAGUGUUUUGGAAACUGUGAAAAGAAUUUCGGGGCUUUGGGCCACAAUCAUCCUUUUAUACUCUAAUCACCCUGCAACGAUUUUAAAAUAUUUUGUAACUAAUCUUAAUAAACACAAAAACAGCAUCAGGGGCGGGCAAUCACCCUUUAAGUACGCUAAGUCAUUGCUUCAUUGCAAUGUGAAAUUAAAUAGAUCAAGUUAAACAGAAGACGGGACGAUGAUCGUCGAGAGGUUUUGUUCUGGAAAACCUGCGCUAUGUUACACGUGGGAACGUUUUGCAUGGACAUACUGGUGUCGUACCUGGAUGGCUCAAUUCUUUUCACUGACCAAAUUGGUCUGCGAAAAACAUGGGUACUUUUCGAGCGAAUCAAUGAAAAAAUCACCCUUUGGUUUAUUCAGAAGCAGGGAGAAAAAUUUCAAGUCGCGACCUGUAAAAACAGCCGCUUAUGGCUGUCGCUUUAUCAGUAUUUAAGUCGGGUAGGGCGAUUUCAAAUUAGCAUAGACUGGAUGAAGCAGGUUUUUCUACUAGCGAAAGCAUUUUUAGGAAGUUUACUGGUAGCAAAUUGUUAAAAAUGUGUAGUUUAUUAACCACAUUUAACCAAGUGGACUUCAAUAACAUUUUUCCACAUUAUGUAAAAUAUAGUACAUAAUUCGAUUUUGUUGGAGAAUUGUAUAGUGAUUGUUAAAUAGUGAUCUUACUAUUAACACGACUAAAUUAUUAAUUAUUAAUAGUAGCUCCCUAUAUUGUUAAUAGUAGCUGUGUAUUUUAAUAGUAACGUUAGUAGUUACGUAUUGACCACUUUUCCAAUCACUAAACUGGAUCUGGCCAUAUAUUCAAGUAUUCUUCGCUUUUCUGUAGACUCCGUCAUCACUUGUAUUUCUCAAAUAUAAAUAUUGAAAUACUAUUGUA